AUGAAGUUGCUCACGAUACUGGAAGUGUUGUCACUACCCUGCCUCAUCUCGGCAGCCACUCUAACCAAGGUUUCCAACUAUGGCGGUACUGCGUCAAAGGCAGAGAUGUGGGCCUACAAACCAGACAAUGUGAAACCCAAUCCAGCAUUGGUUGUAGUGAUUCAUUCUUGCCAAUCUUCAGCAUCCUCGUAUUUCAACAACGCGAAGAUUCCAUGGAAAAAGGGCUCUGAUUUAGGUGGGUAUAUUACAGUGUGGCCAAGUAGUCCAAACAGCGGGACUUGUUGGGACGUCUCAAGUUCAAAGUCUCUUAAACGUGAUGGUGGCGGAGAUUCAACGGCUAUUGCAAAUAUGAUCAAGUACGCAAUUCCGCAGUACUCUGUCAACGCUUCGAGGGUAUAUGUAACAGGAGGAUCAUCAGGGGCGAUGAUGGGAAACGUUCUAGCAGCCACAUAUCCUGACCUGAUCAAGGCUGUCUCCGUUUACUCAGGAGUGGCUGCCGGAUGCUUUGUCGGUGCCGGUGUUGCACAAUGGAAUAACGCUUGCUCAGGAGGUACUUCGACCAAAAGUCAAGCCCAAUGGGCCAAAGUUGCACAAGACAUGUACCCUGGUUAUAACGGUCCCCGACCAAAGAUGCAAAUCUGGCAUGGUUCUGCAGACGGAACGAUUGCGCCCCAGAACUAUCAAGAAGAGCUUAAGCAAUGGACUGGCAUAUUCAAUGUCUCGAUGACCGCAACUAGCUCGAAGACCAACACGCCAGAGAGCUCUUACACUACAUCUGACUAUGGGCCAAAUGUAGAGGGCAUUUACGGUACGGGGGUUGGCCAUUCGGUUCCGUCUCACUUGAAAGAAUCAGAGGCUUGGUUCUCUCUGCCAUAA